CUAGUCGUUGGCUGGAAGGUGUGUUGGAGCCAUACAUUAAAAAAAAAGAAGAUAUUAUUCUAGAAGAAGAACAAAUAUUGUGUUCAAAAUGAAAGGGACAUCGACUUUCUUCCAAUCAGUUGCCAGUUUCGUGAUUGUCUAUUGUUUUUUAACUCUUGAUACGCGGACGGUAUUAUCACCGUUCGUCAACAAUCCGUUCACGCAGAUUAAGGAAUUGUUCCAACACAUCCUCCAACCUCGACUGGACCGCUGUGUUAUUCAAGAACCCGAGAGCUUCAUGACAACGCCUGAAAUCAUUGUCAGUCGAGGCUACCCAUUGGAAAUCCACCAUGUUGUCACCGAUGAUGGAUACAUCCUUGAGCUGCAUCGCAUACCGUUCGGAAGACGUGACACGCGUUUCGAAAACGGCACACUUCAGCGAAAGCCAGUCUUUCUUCUGCACGGCAUGAUGGCCACGGACCAUUUUUGGCUAUUUAGUUCAUCGAACAAUUCACUUGCUUACAUCUUAGCGGAUCAUGGCUUCGAUGUGUGGUUGGGCAAUACUAGAGGAAACAUGUACUCGAGGAAGCACAUCAGUUUGGAUCCAAACACUGACAAGGAAUUCUGGGACUAUUCAUGGGACGAAAUGGGCCAAUACGACGUCCCGGCCAGCAUCGAUUACGUGUUGAACGUCACAAGACAAGAGAAACUGGCCGCUUAUUUCGGUUACUCCCUCGGUUGCAGCGUAUUCUUCAUGAGCGCUUCCCAGUAUCCGCGAAUCAACGAUCAAGUCGAAGUGAUGAUCGGCCUUGGACCAACCGUUAGCGUUGCUCAUUUGAAUAAUUUUUUCCGCUUCUUGGCACCGUUCGUGAAACCUUAUCAAUUUUUGCAGCAAUGGCUGGGAAUUGGUGAAGUGCACAGGAACGAUGGUUUUCUACACCAAAUGACUCGUCUCAUAGGUGAGACUUCUCAUUUCGGUGCAGUUAUCGGCAGGCAUGUUCUGUUCCAAAUAUUUGGCUACUCCGAAAUAUACAACGAGACUGACGUGUUCCGUUUAGCCGGACAUUAUCCGGCCGGUGGCUCAGCCAACUCGAUGGCCCAUCUUCUUCAAAACUACAACUCAGGGGAAUCAUUCUUGCACUUCGAUCACGGUCCGGACGGAAACAUGGAACGAUACGGCACGGUUCAUCCACCAGAGUACAAUCUCACUCGUGUGACUGCUCCUGUCUAUUUGGUUCACGCCGAGAAUGAUCCAUUUGCUACAGUAGAGGAUGUGUCUUGGUUGAUGGCCAGGCUAGGCAAUUUAAAAGGAACUAUACGGGUGGACAGUCCAGCCUUCAGUCACGGUGAUUUCAUCUGGUCCCCUCGACUGGCUGAGUUGGUUCAUCUACCUGUGAUUGACUUGUUGCCGUCACCUUUCGUCUAUCAACAAGAUUAUAUCUAGUUGUUGAAAGGGAUUGCAUUACCUCAUUGCGAAUCAUCGAUGGUUGUCCUGACGGAUCGACAAUUGAUGCAGUCGCAUUUAUUCCCUUUCUCUUGUUUUUUUUUUUAAAUACGCGCUCAAGAUAAUUUUAUGAAUUUCUAAACGUCCGAUACUCGUGGAUCGUACUAGCAAAUGUAGCAAAGCCAAUAUAAAUGAAAUUAUGUAAUAAAUAAACGAUCUAACUCGA